GUUUAAGAGUGCACAGGUAGCAUCCGGCCUGCAAUAUCUCUGGAUGGCCCUUAUUAGAAACCAGAACUUAAAACACCUCAAUCUAGGAAACACUCCCAUGAAGGAAGAUGACAUCAAAUUAGCCUGUGAAGCACUGAAUCAUCCAAACUGCUCCUUGGAGACUCUGAAAUUGGAUUCCUGUGAGCUAACCUACCCUUGUUAUGAAAUGCUCUCCAAAAUACUUCAUUCAGCCACCAGACUGAAAUCUCUCAGCCUGGCAAAAAAUAAGGUGGAAGAAAAGAGCAUGAGGUCUCUCAGUGUCACCUUGAGUAGCUCGAAGUGUACGCUGGAAAAGCUAAUACUGGACAGCUGUGACCUCACACCUUUCAGCUGCUACAUUCUGGUCUCAGCCCUUUUCAGCAACCAGACCCUGACUCACCUGUGUCUGUCAAACAACCAAAUGAAGACUGAACAAGUGAGAGUGCUGUGUCAGUUUAUGAGACGUCCGGAAUGCGCUCUCCAGCGGCUGAUACUAAAUCACUGCGACCUCAGAGAAUACUCCUACAGCUUCCUGGCGUUGAUGCUUAUGGACAACAGAAAGCUGACACACCUGAACCUGAACCUGAACCCCAUGGAAGAUGGUGGGAUGAAGCUUCUGUGUGAAGCUUUAAAGGAGCCGACUUGUUACCUCCAAGAACUGGAAGUAGUGAAUUCCCAGCUCACAAAGGACUGCUGUGAGGAUCUGGCCUGCGUGAUCAGAAAGAACAAACACUUAAAGAGCUUGGAUCUUGGUAACAACGCCCUGGGUGACAAAGGAAUCAAAGCUCUGUGCGAGGGACUAAGGCAAAACGAAAGCUUCCUGAGGAGACUGGGACUAGAGGCAUGCGGGUUGACUUCUGACUGCUGUGAGGCACUAGUAUCAGCCCUCUCUUGCAACCAGUAUCUGACCAGCCUAAACCUGGUGAAGAAUGACUUCAGUACAUCAGGGAUGUUGAAGCUGUGCUCUGCAUUCCUGACCUUUACCUCUAAUCUGAGGAUAAUUGGCCUGUGGAAACAGGAGUACUGUGCCGAGGUAAGAAGGCAGCUGGAGAAAGUGCAGUCUCUCAAGCCUCACACGGUGAUCGAUGGUGACUGGUACUCCUUUGAUGAAGAUGACCGUAACUGGUGGAAAAAUUGAAGACACGAGCCCCCCUUCCCUUCACGUUCUAGGAUCUCAGUAUCUGUG